UCAUAAGGCCGCGCCGCGCUGUGAUUCGACUGAAAAAAGAAAAACUGGUGAAGUAACUGUUAUAAAGAUGGCGUUCAUUAAGGAGGAGUUCGAAGACGUGAAGAUUGAAGAAGUGUUCAGUCUGAAACAAGAAGAUACUGAGGAACAAACAGGCCUGAUGCCACUGAAAGAGGAGAGUCAAGAUCUCAAUGAUAUGGAAGAAGAAUAUCAAUAUGAGAAACCUCAUCAGUUCAUGACUGGAGAAAAAGAUUUUAGCGACUCAAAGAUUGAAAGGAUGUCCUCACAAAACGAAGGAACUAGAAACAUUAAAGGCCACAUGAACGUUCAAACUGGAAAGAGCCCUUUUACCUGCCAACAGUGUGGAAGAAGUUUCAAUCACAAAAAAACCCUUAACAGGCACAUGAAAAUUCACACCGGAGUGAAGCCUUUCGCCUGCCAACAGUGUGAAAAGGGUUUCUCUGACAGAAGAAACCUUGAUGCCCACAUGAGUGUUCACACUGGAGAGAGACCUUUCACCUGCUCUCAGUGUGGAAAGAGUUUUACACAGAAAAAACACCUUAAUGCCCACAUGAGUCUUCACACUAGACGGUGCCCAUACACCUGCAAACUGUGUGGGAGGAGUUUCUCACAAAAAGGAAAUCUUAAGACUCACAUGAGAGCUCACACUGGAGAAAAGCCAUUCACAUGCUCUCAGUGUGAAAAGAGUUACACACACAAAAAAAACCUUAAUGUCCACAUGCAAUAUCAUACUAUCAGAUUUAAAGGAAACCUUAACCAUUCCAUUCACACAAGAGUGAACGGUUUUAUAUGUCAUCAGUGUAGAAGGAGCUUCGAAGACAGAAAAUGCCUUAAGAAUCAUGUAAAAACUCACACUGGAGAGAAGCCUUUCAUGUGCGAUCACUGUGGAAAGACUUGCGCAAACAAAGCGUACCUUGAGAAUCACGUAAGAGUUCACACUGGAGAGAAGCCAUUCAUCUGCCCUCAGUGUGGAAAGAGUUUCCCGUACAAAGGAAACCUGAAGAUUCACAUAAGAGCUCACACUGGAGAGAGGCCUUACAAGUGUCUUCAGUGUGAGAAGACUUUCAUGUAUCACUCAGGCCUGAAACAUCAUUUACAGACUUACGCACACCGCAAGCGUGAGCUUCACGUCAGCGUCGCUGCAGACUCGUGAAAGUAUUCACAACGGAAGAGUUUGUACAGCGUCACAGCAGCGGCUCCAAAGCUGCAUAUUUCUUUACAAGGACAGCGAGACAUUUGUUUUUAGAAGUUGAUUUACAAAACUGAGCCAUAUGCAUUCAUUCUGAACAACAUCAGUUCAAUUGUGAUCAGUAUAACAUUUUUUUCUUUUGCCGUCACACUUAACAGAUGCAUAUGAAAAGACAUAUAAAUUGUGUUCUUUGUGAAAUAGUAAAGCAAAAGAAAAUGUAUACGUGUGUGAAAUUAAGGCUCUGUUCACACCACAGCUGAAUGUGAGCUACAUCUGAUUGUCCACUUUGUCCACUUCUUCAAC